AGCCUGGCACAAAAAAAUGGUGCUUUACUAGGAAUUAGUCGCUACUCUAGAAUGGACAAACCUACGUUACCUGCAACAAAUGUAUCGCUCAAUUUGCUCGAAUACCAGAUCAUGGAACAAAACUUCUCAAUCACGCAGGAAUUCUAUCGCACUUUGAUCAUCGCUGUGGGGAUUUUAUUGAAUUGCACCGUCGUCUUAGUAGUGAGCAGUUCCAGACAGUUACGUUAUCCGCGUCACAUCUUCUGGGUUGCCAUUUCGUUCUUCGAGUGUCUCUUCUUGCUUGAAUACGCACUGGAAUUGACUGUCGUCCUCUAUCGUGAUCAACAGUUGUGUCAAAUUCUAGUUUUACUUUAUCCGAUGGAUUACUCAAUCCUCCUGCAGUGUCUGCUGUUGGCAGCUAUAGAUCGUUACGUGUCUAUAAUUCGUUACGAAUGGUACAAGAAAACUGUCACAAUUCAAAUGGUGAUGACGAUUAUUUCUGUGAUGGCUAUUUUGACAUUUGGCAUUUUUACCAGUCCGUUCUGGAUGGGCUAUCGAUCCAUUUACGCCUGCACCCUCAAUUUAAGUAAUUUGAAUUUGGUACUUUCAUGGGACGUGGUUUUGGGUUUGAUUUGUGUCAUUCUCCACGUUUUAAUCUUCGUGGAAUCAAGAGCCGUCAUUCGACAAUAUUUGCCGAGUUAUCGCAAGCCUUCUGUCACAGUCAGAUUUAUUAAUUCUUCUGUUCGGCCUUCAAAUUUCAAUCCCGUGACGGGCAUGGAUGCAUUAUCAACAGAACGAGUUACCUUUAUAAAUCCGGAGAUUCCUAGCACAACGCAAAAUGCAACACAACCGCUCAACGACAACGCUCAAUUGUCAUCGAUUGCUGACCACCAGGUCAAUUUGAACCGCCAACAGGCGGCCUCAAAAGUGAAUCGAUUGGAAGUCCAGGCAGCUUUCAGCUUGUCCGUCAACAUCCUGCCAUUUUGGCUGUGCACAUUUCCCUUGUCUUGCUUUGCUAUGGCCACGUAUUGGUGCACUCGACUCGGUGGUAACUGUGAUACCUUUCUGUUUAUUUGGACUUACAUGUGGGAUAUAUUCAUGCUGCAUAGUAUCUAUAAUCCGCUCAUGUACAUGAUCAGCUGUCACGAUUUCCGGCGGGCACUUUGUCAUAUAUUCCGGAAAUUAGCAAACAAGUUUAUCAUGCAGAUUCAAAAGAAUUAGGAAAAUGUUUUUACCGCCACGUAAUGUUUUCCCCUUGGAUUGAAGACGCAAUGUCCUUUUGCUGUUCACGAACGUCACAAAGGACAUUUAUAAAUUGAGUAUGGGCGAUCACUGGAAAGUAUUAAUGGUAACAUAUUAGCGCCGUGUAUCGAGUCUUCAAUUAUACUGAAGAGAUGUCUUCUGCAUUUAUUCCUAUUUUUAAAACGCUAUUGAUGUUAGUAAAUAAUUGAUAUACUCGCAUUGUGCUGUUGCCUUCCAUUUCCUAUCCAUACUCGAGCUGUGUUUAAAAAGCCUGAAGCAAUCAACACAAAACCCCCGUUAGUUUAUAUCGUAAUUCGUAGAAUGUCAUUGCUGUUGAUUUCCGAUUGUGAUCGAUUUUUUUAUACAUACGUUUAAUGGGCAAGUAAAACUUUCAAAAAUUUUCUUUUGUGAGAAUGAACGACAUGUCACCAUGGCAACCAAAGCUGCACAAUUGGGAAAGAACAAUACAUAUCUUACAAGCUU